AUGUCGAUGGAUCUGGAUGAUCCUGUCUAUUUCAAGCAGCAGGAGCAAGUUGCAGCGACAAUUCUGUGCUGCAACUGCGGCGCUGCUAUUGAUGGAACACUCUCAGCCGGAGCCUUAUGUUCGGACUGCAUUCGUCUUACUGUCGAUGUCGCCGGAGGUGUGCAACGCGAAGCCGUGAUUCACUGCUGUAGGGAUUGCGAACGGUGGCUGCAACCUCCCAACAGCUGGGUCGUCGCAGCGCUCGAGUCGAAAGAACUACUCGCCAUUUGUCUACGCAAGCUCCGUGGUCUGAACAAAGUCCGAAUCAUCGACGCCAGCUUCAUUUGGACGGAACCUCACAGCAAGCGACUGCGCUUGAAGAUCACUAUACAAACGGAGGCCUUCCAGGGUACUAUCAUACAGCAGCAAUUUGAGGUUGAAUAUGUUAUUGCCAAUCAGCAGUGUUCUGGCUGCCAGAAGUCCUUUACGCAUCACACCUGGGGAGCUUCGAUCCAGAUCAGACAGAAGGUACCGCACAAGCGGACUUUUAUGUACCUCGAGCAGCUGAUUCUUAAGCACAAUGCCCACAAGGACACUGUCAACAUCAAGGAAGUGAGCGAGGGUCUUGAUUUCUACUUCGCAAAGAGGAACGAGGCCGAGCGCAUGCUUUCCUUCUUGGAGGGAUGCAUUCCCUGCAAGACAACCAAAUCGCACGAGUUGGUCAGUAUGGAUAUUCACACCAGCAAAUCCGUCUACAAGCAUUCGUGGUCCGUCUCGAUUGUUCCUAUCUGCAAGGAUGAUUUAGUUGCCCUUCCGAUCAAGCUGGCCCGUUCAUUGUCCGAUAUAAGCCCACUCGCUAUCUGUCAUCGGGUCGGCACUUCUAUUAACAUCUUGGACCCUUGCACCCUGCGGACAACUGACGUCCCUACUGCGGUUUAUUGGCGCCAACCAUUCCCCGCUCUUGCAGAUAUUACAGAGCUUAAGGAGUUCAUCGUUCUGGAUAUAGAAUCAACCGGAAUCUCUAAUGGUCGGUUCCUUCUAUCUGAGGCCACUGUUGCUCGUGCCUCGGAUUUAGGAUCUAACGAUAUCACCUAUUUCACACGGACUCACCUCGGUGGUAUCCUGCACGUGGGUGAUUCUGUCCUUGGCUACCACUUGACGGGAACCCAGUUUAACAAUGAUCAAUACGACGAAAUUGAGAACAGCCACCAGUACGGCUCAACAAUCCCGGAUGUGGUCCUCAUCAAGAAGCACUACGUCCGCAGCAAGAAGUCCAAGGCCCGUCCCUGGCGUCUGAAGCGCAUGGCUCGCGAGCAUGAAGAGGAGGCGACUGCCGCCGUGGUCAAUGUCCCUACAAACAAGCGCCAGGAGCAGGAGCAGGCCAGAAUGGAACAGGAUUACGAGAUGUUCUUGCGUGACGUCGAGGAGGAUCAGGAGCUGCGUCAAACUCUUGACCUGUACAAGAACCGCCAGUACCAGGCCAGGCCAGACCAGAUGGAGGAGGAUGAUGACGUGGAUGAAGAGCACGCUGUGCCGAAAAUCAACAUGGAUGAGCUGCUUGAUGACUUUGAUGAUUUGAACAUGGAGGACAAUUAG